AUGCGGGCGCAGUGGCUCACCAAGGGCGGCGGGCGGAAGCGCAAGGGCGACGAGCCGCCGCGGUCACUUGCCGGGUUCAAAAAGGCCAAGCCACUGCUGUGCUCGGUGGUGCCGGCAGAGGAGACGCCGUCGAACCGGUGGGCGCUGCUGCUUGGCCACGCGAUGACGCAGGCGCUGGACAAGGUGGAGAGCAGGCUCGAAUCUGGCGCCGACGCCGAGUUUGCGCAGGCGUCGUCGCUAGGGCCCAAGGCGGCGGCGGAGGCGGCGGCCAAUGCGGCAGUGCUGGCGGCGGACGAGGUGCGGGCAGCUAUCAAGGCUGCGGCCGACGGCGCGUAUGCGGCGCUGACGUCGGACGCAGCCAAGGCCGAGUUUGCGGCGGCGCUCGACCGGCGGCAACGCGGCGGCCGCCGCCGGCGGCUUGCCAAGGCGGCCGAGCCGACGACUCGGCUGGGCAAGCUCGAAGCUGCGCGCGACAAGCUCCGGGCGGUGUUGGACGGUCUUGAGGCUGAGAAGGCGCAGUGGAGUGAGAUCGAAGGCUCGCUGCAGACGCCGUCGGGCGCGGGAGUGUCGGCCCAGGUCCCCGCGUGGGUCGAGGAUCUGGGCUCAACGGUGGCGCCGGCAUUCCUCACGCCCGAAGAUCUGGCGUAUUUGCAGCAAAACUGCCCGCUGGCGAUGGCGGCGCUGGAGCAGGCUGCCGAAGGCGGCGCGGCCGCGGCAAGCGGCGUUGUCACCGUCAAGGGUCCUGCCGACGUCAUGGAGGCGUCGAUGGACGUUGCCAUGGGCGCCAUGGCCUCACGAGUCCGCGCCGCUGAAGCCUUCCGCAACCAGUCGGAAGCAUAUCUCACCAAACUCGGCAAGCUCGUGCACGAGGUUUCGUUCCAGGGCAUCGAUCUCGAAGCGCACCCUCUCGCCGUUCCUGCACCCGCCGCCACUGAGGUCGACGAGUAG